UACGCCUCGUUUGAACCCGCCAACAUGGAAAUGCGCCACCGUCAAACAGGCCGAUCGUCAAGACAGCAGCAUGAGUCACUGAAUCGUUUCCGUCUUGACGCCAUCCGGAGAUGGGACACUGACCGUCCCCUCCACAAACACAUCUCUUUUGCCAAGCCGAAAGGUCGCGACAGGUUUGUCCUGCCGGGCCAAGGGGAGACUGACAGGAAGGUUGAACUUUCCUUUCCAUCUUCCGCAAACAUGAAAAACAGUCGAUUCGCCUGCCAGCAGCCGCUGCGGACAGACCCACUUUCCGCUCAAGACCCUUCAACAGGGACCAAUGUGACUUGGUCCGACCUGUCGUGGCUACGGCCACUGGCCAGUCUCGUUCCCCUGCAGAUACGGCUCUUCAAGGGACGUGUUGAGCACCAAAAUGAGGCUCGAUAUGUUGAAUCACUCAGCUCCGGUUGCCAGACAGUGCGAUACACACACAAACACACACACAUAGUAACCCUCAGUCCAGAGCCAAACAGUGACGAGCCUCUAAACGGCCGCUCGAGGUCUCCAGAUGAGGAUGAUGGGAAUUAA